AUGUGGCUGUCACGGAUCAAGCUUUCUUCAUUCCCAAUUCGAAGAUUCUCCACUUAUUUUACAAAAGACCACGAAUGGGUUAGCUAUAAUGCUGCUAGUAAAAUCGGGACAAUAGGAAUUACCGAUCAUGCCCAGUCUCAGCUUGGCGAUGUGGUCCAUUUGGAUCUUCCUGAGAUUGGGACUCACUUUAAACAAGGCGAUGUUAUAGGGGCUGUUGAAAGUGUAAAAAUUGUUGCUGAUAUUUAUACUGUUAAAUUCUAUAUAAAUUACCUAAAAAAUAGCUUAAUUUUUAUAAAUAAAGCGGCGUUUUUAAAUAAAAUAGGAAUAUUCCCCAAUUUCAGGAAAGGUUGUUGAAAUUAAUUCUGGUUUAUCAAAAACCCCUGAAUUGGUUAAUAAUGCAGCUGAAUCCGAUGGUUGGGUUGCUAAACUACAAGUGGAUAAGGCUGAAGAAUUAGAAAAAUUGCUUGAUAGAGUCAAAUAUGAUAAACUGCUUCAGGAAGAAGCUCACUAA